GCCUCCUCUCAUCUCUCAUUGACUGUGCAAACUACAAGCCCCUCAGAUUUAAAGCAAGAAGAGCCUCCUCUGUCUGGAUCAGUUGGGUGGUUUUAGUUUCGCUGAUCUUACAUUGACAGUCAACUGCUCCUGCAGUAAAAUGGUGUCUCUGGUAAUGCCGUACAUCAGUGUCCUUCUGAUGCUUCAGUCCGGCCCACAACUACUGUAUGGAGAUGAAUCUCAGAACUGUGGACCUAAAGGAGAGAAGGGAGAUCGAGGAGUGCAGGGACCACCCGGCAAUGCAGGACCACCUGGACCACAAGGAUCCAAAGGAGACUCAGGGCUUUCUGCAAAUGUGGACAUGAUUCCCACUGGACCUAAAGGAGAUAAGGGGGAUCAAGGCUUUUCUGGCAUUCCUGGUCCAACUGGUAGGCCUGGCUUUCCUGGCCCGAAGGGGGAUCCAGGCUUUCCUGGCAGUCCUGGCAUGCCUGGAUUUCCUGGCAUGAAAGGGCAACAAGGGAGUCCUGGAGGUGACGUCACGUCCCUACAAUCUCAGAUUCAUGAUCUUACUGCCAAGUUUGCCAUGAUGGAGAAAGCUGCAAGUUUUGGUACAUUCAGAAAAGUCGGGCAGAAAUAUUUUGUUUAUGAUGGAAUUUUAAAAACAUUUGAUGAGGGCAUUCAAAUCUGCAAGGAAGUUGGUGGAACAAUUGCUUUAGCAAGAAAUGCUGUUGAAAAUCAGGCUUUACUGAAAGUAGUGACAGCCAGUGGUUUAAGUGAAAAGCCAUUCAUUGGAGUCACAGACAGAGAUAAAGAAGGACAGUUUGUGGACAUUGAUGGUAAACUCUUGACUUUUACCAACUGGGCUUCUGGUCAACCUGAUAAUUAUGAGAAAACACAACACUGUGGUACGAUCAUAGUGGAGUCUGGACUUUGGGAUGAUGCCAGUUGUAAUGAGCCACGUCCUAUUAUGUGUGAAAUACAAUAGAAAUAAAGGGGAGGUUUACCGGAAAGGGCUUAUCCUAGUCCCAGACUAAAAUGAGCUGCCUUCAUUUAAAAACACCUUGAACUGACACAUCUUAUAUAUCAGUGCUCUUGUUUUGUCUCAAGAUGCACACCUGUCCCUUACGAAACAAAAAUAUAUUGCAGUAUAUUGGAAAAUAUCAUGUAAUAUAUUAGGCAACAUAUUCCCAUGUAUGGGAUUUAAUAUUUAUAUUUUCCAAUAUAUUGAAAUAUAUGCAUGAACCAUACAUGUAUAUAUGAUACAAAAUAUAUUGCAAUCAAGAACAAAAAGGGCACUAUAUUUUUUACACGUAAUAGUUUGUCUUUAUAUGCUUUAAUAUAUUGCAAUAUAUGCAUAGACCACAUCCUGUGAUCCUGGACAUUGGUAAUUUAAGUGGCUUUAAUUUAUAUUUUGUAUAUUUUUUGUUUAAUGGCACUCUUUUAAAAUGUAAUUUAUGUAAAUGCAAUGCAACACAUUUAUGUAAUGUAAUGUAAAGGCCAUCACAUUUCCUUUGACUGACCAUAUGCAAAACCUCUUGUGGUUUUAAUAGGCCUAUGUAGCUCUGUAUCUCAAAUUGGGUUUAGUAUCUGUGCCUGAUUAAAAGAAAAUAAAGGUGGCUUUUGAUAGAUUA